GACUGGCUGCACUGAGAUCAGCUGCAUGUCGACGGAUAUUGCUUUAAAAAUGCGAGGAAAGCCUUUAAAUGAACGGCGUGUUGUACUUGUUUUGAAUGGCGUAAUUCGGGUUUAACGCGUUGGGGACAGUUUGACAGCGCUGUAACACCUCUCUGACUUCUUUAGGCUCGGUAUGUCGGAUGAAGAUUCCCGUGCCAGCACCAGCUCUUCCUCCUCUUCAUCCUCAACCCAUCAUCAUCAGCAGCAGGAGACAACCACCCCAAAGAAACGAGAAAGCAAAGCCAGCAUGAGCAAGACCUCCAAACUCCUCUCUACUAGCGCUAAAAGAAUUCAGAAGGAACUGGCUGAUAUUACAUUGGAUCCACCACCAAACUGCAGUGCUGGACCUAAAGGAGACAACAUCUAUGAGUGGAGGUCGACCAUCCUGGGCCCUCCAGGCUCCGUGUACGAGGGAGGAGUGUUUUUCCUGGACAUCGCCUUCACACCAGACUACCCCUUCAAACCACCCAAGGUGACGUUCCGUACGAGGAUCUACCACUGUAACAUCAACAGUCAGGGGGUGAUCUGUCUGGACAUCCUGAAGGACAACUGGAGUCCUGCUCUCACCAUCUCCAAGGUCCUACUGUCCAUCUGCUCCCUGCUCACUGACUGUAACCCUGCCGACCCUCUGGUUGGAAGCAUCGCCACACAGUACACAACAAACAGACCUGAACAUGACAGGAUAGCCAAACAGUGGACCAAACGCUACGCCACAUAAUCACCAGAGCAGCUGCUGGUGUGAUGAGUCGGGGAUGUCGGGGCGUGAACUGGGGGAGGGGGGUGAUUUUUAUCUCAGAAUUGAAGUCUUAACUCCUGACAUUUUGUUGUUUAUUGUAUUUUUUAAGUUAUCACCAGCCCAACUAUAAUCAAAUUUGGCAAUAAUGCAUUUUGUCUUUUUUAGCUUGUGCUUGAAGAUGGACAUUAAUACUAAACUGCUAAAUGAAAUGUGUCACAGCAUGAUUCUCAGUCAGUUAUGUCAGUGUAAAUUCUCACAUGCAUCAAAAGUUCCAGUUGGUGUUUGCUUCCCCCUCUAAACUCCUGGUCUUUGAGUGUUUUACACAUGUAGACAUGUUUAGAUAUGGAUGGAUAUUGGUUGUUACUUGUGUUCUGUACUGAUGACAAACUGUUACGUUUCUCCCUUAAAGACUUAAACAUGACCAACUGAAGCAUC